UCGUUAAAAGGUGGCUGUUUUGCAUACAGUGCUUGCCGGUUAAUCCCAAUGGCCACAGCCGUACCGAGAAAGAAGGAGUUUCCUACACGUCAGCUGUUUGUACUGUGUAAGUUUUUUUCGCUUCUUUCCCACCUGUUACCUGCUUCCUCCCCAAUCCCGUCCUUGGGUUUUCACCUGGAGAUGAAAGGGGGGCUGAUUUUUCGUGGUAGCGUUAUGUAGGAUCUGCGAACCUAUUUCCUUCUGUUCGAUCCUUCCGUAUAUCUAUUAUAUGAUUGAGUCGUUUGGCAGUGCGGUUUGUUCAACACUCCUCCUCUACUAGCAUUGCAGUGGAGAUGUGAUGCGUGAUUGAUGAUUAUGAUGCUUGUUUACAGAAGAGCGCCAAUGAAAUCGCCGUCUACGCUGGUAUGGUCACCAGCGCCUUUGCAUUUGCCGAGUUCACGACCGGGAUGAUGUGGGGCAGGAUCUCAGACAUAUUUGGGAGAAAGCCUGUAUUGAUCAUGGGCCUUGUGGGGACUAUGCUCUCCAUGAUAAUAUUCGGAUUUGCAAAGAGCUUUCCUGUAGCGUUGAUCGCGCGCGCUGUUGGUGGGGCGUUGAAUGGUAACGUUGGAGUAAUUCAGACCACUGUUGCGGAGCUGGCCACUGAGAAGGAAUAUCAAGGUAGGACGAAUGGGUUGGUGAUAUUGGGGGCGCGAAUGAUGGGCCAUGUUGACAAUUGUUUAGCUAGGGCUUUUGCCGUUAUGCCCUUUGUCUGGUGUCUAGGGUCUAUUAUCGGUCCCGCCCUCGGCGGUCUCUUGGCCGAGCCCGUGAAACGAUAUCCGGCCGUGUUCCAUUCUGGCGGAGUCUUUGAAGAGUACCCCUAUCUCCUACCCAACCUGGUAUCCGCAAUUAUCCUGGUGGUGGGAAUUAUCAUUGGGACAUUGUUUCUGGAGGAGACUCACGAGAUCCUCCGCGAGAAACCGGAUAUUGGGGUUAGGGCUGGAAGGAGGAUGGCCAAAUUUUUCGGGGGACAUAGCAGUUGUUCUGAGGGCAAGAUUGAGGGUGUGGAGGGAUACGGCUCUCCCCCUAACGAGGAGGAAGGGUUAUUAACCAGUGGUAGUAGUGAAUACAGCACAUUUCCCAAUGCCCCAGCGGCAGAUAUUGCGGAGGAGGGACAUGUAGGAAAGAGGUCUCCAGUCACCAAGACAUUCACCCCCCCGGUUAUAGCGCUUAUCGUGUCAUAUGGGAUAUUGGCGUAUCACACCAUGGGCUUUGAACAACUCUUUCCCGUCUUUCUAUCGACCCCUCGGGCUGCGGAACCCCCGCAUCAUCCAUUCAAAUUUACUGGGGGCUUUGGUUUGGACACCCAGUCUAUCGGCCUCAUCUUGUCGGUACAAGGUGUCGUUUCGAUGGCCAUCCAAUUCUUUCUCUUUCCACCAAUAGUCGAACACUUUGGAACCCUAAGUGUCUAUCGAUUUUGCAUGUUUCUAUACCCAAUAUCUUACCUCAUAGUUCCAUAUAUUGAUUUUCUCCCCCCGUCGCUUUCAAUGGCUGGGGUCGCCACCGUCCUUCUUGUGAGGGUCACCUUUUCCGUUCUUGCAUACCCCUGCAACGCGAUCCUGCUCACCAACGCCGCUCCAUCCCUUCUUGUCCUCGGGGCGAUCAAUGGCAUCGCUGCUAGUGCUGCAAGCCUCUGUCGAGCUUUUGGCCCUACUAUUACCGGAUUAAUCUAUACUCAAGGCCUCGAUUGGGGAAUGGUGGGUCUUGCCUGGUGGGUCAAUGCUGGUGUCUGUGUGAUCGGCGGCAUUCAGUGCCUGUGGAUGAAAGAGGAAGACUUUGACGGCAGUAGGAAAACAGGGGAGAUUGCAACAGACGAAGAAGUUGGCUAG